UCCCUCUGUCAUUGCGCGAGUCGAGUGAACCCACAGUUUAGUGCUGACUAUGGUUUACAGAACAUCUGCCAGCAGCACCAUUGUACCACAGUGCAGCUGUCACCAUUACUUAAUCCGCUUUGGUUUGCAGCAAAAAGCAAAUUGAGCAAGACAACUCAACAGCGCUGAACCCCUGUGCCCUGGUCAUCGAUUCAGAACGGUCAGGGGUGGACUUUGCCCACAAUUUUUGGACUCUUUUGGGGAAUGCUAAAGAGGAGGAUACGCUAUUUGGAACAUGUUACUGGGGAAAUUGUUAGUUGUUCUCUUCGCACUCCUUACGGGAUCCAGUGUUAGUGUGGCAUAUGUCUUUCAAGCAAGUCGACCUGGAGAAGAUGCAGGAUCUCCGCCACAAACCAAAACUAUCUCAGACUCCCUGUGGGUUAGCUCAGCAGGAUCAUGUAAGGGCAGAUGUUUCGAAUUGGAAGAAGCUUUACCGCCAGGUUGCAGAUGUGACAACUUGUGCAAAACCUACUACAGCUGCUGCUCAGAUUUCGAUGAGCACUGUUUAAAAACAGCUGGUGGCUUUGAGUGCAGUGAAGAUCGCUGUGGGGAGAUGAGGAAUGAUGAACAUGCAUGCCACUGCUCAGAAGAUUGUCUGAAGAAAGGAGACUGCUGCACCAACUACAAGGCCCUCUGCAAAGGAGACACUAAAUGGGUGGAUGGUGAGUGUGAGGACAUCACAGGCCCUGAAUGUCCUGCAGGUUUUAUCCGUCCUCCUCUGAUCAUGCUGUCGGUGGAUGGGUUCCGGGCCUCCUAUAUGAAGAAGGGCAAAGCGGUGAUCCCCAACAUGGAGAAACUGAGAACAUGUGGCACUCAUGCACCCUACAUGCGACCAGUGUACCCCUCCAAAACUUUCCCCAAUUUGUAUACUCUUGCCACGGGGCUUUAUCCUGAGUCUCAUGGAAUAGUGGGAAACUCGAUGCACGACCCCGUGUUUGACGCCAAUUUCCACUUGAGGGGGAGGGAGAAACUGAACCACCGCUGGUGGGGUGGCCAACCUAUCUGGAUCACUGCAGAGAAGCAAGGGGUGAAGGCAGGCACCUUCUUCUGGCCAUGGGUGAUUCCACUGGAGAGGAGAAUCCUGACCAUCUUGCGUUGGCUAAGUCUUCCUGACGAUGAGAGGCCCUAUGUGUACGCUGUCCACUCAGAGCAGCCAGACACCUUCGGACACAGACUGGGGCCCUUCAGCAAUGAGUUGGACAACCCCCUGAGGGAGAUUGAUAAUGUCAUUGGACAGCUGAUGAACGGCCUGAAGCAGAUGAACCUACACCGCUGUGUCAACAUCAUUGUCGUUGGAGACCAUGGAAUGGAGGAGGCCCACUGUGAUAGGACUGAGUUCCUCAGUACCUAUCCUGUGAACGUGGAUGAGAUCAAUCUGAUCCCUGGAUCUCUUGGGAGAAUCCGGGCCCGGGAUCCCAAAUCAACCACCUAUGACCCAAAAGUAGUUGUGGCAAAUCUUACAUGUAAAAUGCCAACCCAGCACUUUAAGCCUUACUUGAAACAACACCUCCCGAAACGGCUUCACUACGCCAACAACCGCAGAAUUGAGGCUGUCCACUUACUCAUGGAGAGAAAGUGGCACGUUGCUUGGAAAGUACCUGAAAACAGGAGGCAUCCUGGGAGAUGUGGUUUCUUUGGUGACCACGGAUUUGACAAUAAGAUCACCAGUAUGCGGACAAUCUUUUUGGGCUAUGGACCAAGCUUUAUGUUCCAGACCAAAGUGGCAGAAUUUGAAAAUAUUGAGUUGUACAAUGUCAUGUGCGACCUCCUGGGCUUAGUCCCUGCCCCUAACAAUGGAACCCAUGGCAGUCUGAAUGACAUGCUGAAAGCUCCUCCUUUCACACCGAUCAUGCCAGAGGAAGUGACUGCACCCACCACCUCUGACGCCACCUCUGCCACAACCUACGACUUGGGAUGUAGCUGUGACAAUGAGAACAAAGUAGAGGAGAACAAUCAGAGAUUCAGCCCAGCAGCAGAUGGUAAACAAAACCAAAGCAUGGAUUGCUGUCUUACCUUGUCCAUAAACUGUUCACAUGAAGCCACACACCUCCCCUUCGGUCGACCAGCGGUUAUUUUCCAAACGACGUACAGCCUCCUCCUCCAUAGUGAUUUCAUCAGUGGAUACAGCCAGGAGCUCUCCAUGCCCCUAUGGACGUCAUUCACAGUGCCCAAACAAGAAGAAGUCACACCCCUCCCUGAGCCUGAGCCAGUGAUUGAGUGUGUGAGAGCAGACCUGCGGGUUCCUCCUGAACACAGCCAGGCCUGCACCACCUACAGCCAGGAUACAGACAUCUCCUAUGGCUUCCUCUAUCCACCAGAGCUGGCCCUGUCUCCUGAAUCAAAAUAUGAUGCAUCACUGAUCACAAACACCGUUCCCAUGUACCCUGCAUUCAAAAAAAUAUGGAGCUACCUCCAGGGGACUCUUCUCAAGCGCUACGCAGAGGAGAAUAACGGCAUCAAUGUGGUCACCGGUCCCAUCUUUGACAACAACUAUGAUGGCCUCCGGGACACCACCGUGAAGAUCAAAGAAUACGCCGCAGUCUCGGCUCCAGUCCCUACACACUACUAUGUAGUGAUCACCAGCUGUCAGGAUGUCAACCAGACGGCCGGGGUGUGUGACGGCCCCCUCAAUGUCUUCUCCUUCCUCCUACCCCACCGCUCAGACAACGACGAGAGCUGCAAGAGCUCAGAGGACGAGUCGCAGUGGGUGGAGGAGCUGCUGAAGCUGCACACAGCGCGGGUCAGAGACGUGGAGAUCCUCACAGGGCUGGACAUGUACCGCUCCACCACCCUGAACUACACCCAGACCCUCUCCCUCAAGACCUACCUGCACACCUUUGAGAGUGACACCUAAAACAGACACACACAAACUCACUCUCACUGUAUCUCUGUAUCGUUUUCUCUUUCUUCUCAAAUUUCAUACUGUGUUUCACUUCCACUCUUUGUCUCUCCCCUCUUUGUCCCACUGGGCACAGAUGUAAAUUCAACGUCUAUUACACGUUGGUUCAAUGUAAUUUCAUUGAAAUUACGGGAAAAACAACUUUGAUUCAAACCGUGUGUGCCCAGUGGGGUCUCUCUCUUUCUCUUUCUCUCUCCCCAGUACAUGUCUGAUCCUUAGGUGUAUAUUUUUUAUAGUAUUUGUCAUAUUUAUUAUGUAGAGGAUAAUAAUGCUGCCACUUCGUCACACUAAUCCAGAGAGCUCUUGUGUUCGAAAUAGGAGUGGAGUUAGACUUUUGUUGUGUAUGGUUUGAGAGAAAGUGUUGUGUUGUGAAUUAAGUGUUUGUUUGGGGAAGUGGAGGAAUGGGUUGGAUUAGGUUAAUGGAAGCUUUCGGUUGAAGGAAGAUGAUGUCAUAUCCAGUGGUGGAAAAAGUACCCAAUUGUCAUACUUGAGUAAAAGUAAAGUUAUCUUUAAUAGAAAAUUGAAAGUCCCCUAGUGAAAUACUACUUGAGUAAAAGUCUAAAAGUAUUUGGUUUUAAAUAUACCUAAGUAUCAAAGGUAAAUGUAAUUGUUAAAAUAUACUUAAGUAUCAAAAGUAAAAGUAUAAAUCAUUUCAAAUUCUUUAUAUUAAGCAAACCAGAUGGCACCAUUUUCUUGUUUUUAAAAUUUACGGAGAGCUAGGGGUACACCAACACUCAGACAUCAUUUACAAAUUAAGUAUGUAUGAUUAGUGAGUACGCCAGAUCAGAGGCAGUAGGGAUGACCAGGGACGUUCUCUUGAUAAGUGCGUGAAUAUGACCAUUUUCCUGUCCUGCUAAGUAUUCAAAAUGCAACCAGUACUUUUGGGUGUCAGGGAAAAUAUAUGGAGUAAAAAAGUACAUUAUUUUCUUUAGGAUUGUAGUGAAGUAAGAGUAAAAGUUGUCAAAAAUAUUUAUAGUGAAUUAAAGCACAGGUACCCCAAAAAACGACUUAAGUAGUAAUUUGAAGUAUUUUUACUUAAGUACUUUACACCACUGGUCAUAUCUAUUAAUACUGCAGAGUGAUGAUCUACUAUAGCCUGACGUGUCUUUGUAAUUGGUGUGAAGACUUUAUUGCCACCUCCUACACUUACAUAAGGUUUACAUAAGGAUGACAUAGCAAAUGUUAAAAACAGUCGAGACACCAAUGACAAUUUUCUUUAAUACUUUAUUGGUGACAUAAAGUGUUGUUCAGGUUAGCUAACAGGCUAGUGGUGUGCAUUGGUAUUAUGGGUGUUAAAAGUGCUCUUAUAACUGUGUUAUAACGUAACUUUAGCAACUGGUAUAUGAUGCUUAUGACAGUGGAGUCAAGUGCUGUGUUUGGCUGUUUGGCUUUGAGUGUACUGUACUAAAUCUACUACUGAUAACGGCCCUGCUUGCAGAACACUUGACUCAUUGAAAGUCCUACAGAUUCAGCACAAUUAACAAACAUUUUCAUGCCACUUAAUACAACCUCCAUUGAUGACCUCAGAUGUUAUGUUGAUGGUAUCUGGUUAUGUUUUUGCCUUCUAAAUGGUGUAUUAUUAACAUGUGGCAAGGUUCUGAUCAGAAUAAAUUCUUUUAAUGUUGCA